UCUGUUGCCGGUUUUACAGUACUACUUUGUUGCGUGCUGUAGUUUUUGGACUAUUUUGGAGCUUUCUUCUUUCUUAUGACAAAUGGCAGAGAGUGAAAAUGACACCUCUUUCGGCAGAGUGGAACUUGGUUUUGUGGAGCAAACAGAGGCUUGGCUUGUCCAGAGUUGUCAGUUCCCCAGUAAAGUAGGAGGAAAGCCAGCGUGGCUGAGCAUGUCAGAUUUGCCAAAUCCUGAUGGUCUUCUCUGUAACAAAUGCAGACAACCUGUUGUAUUUCUUUUGCAAAUUUACGCACCAUUUAAUGGGAAACCUUUUACUUUUCAUCGAUCUCUUUUUGUUUUUAUUUGUAAAAACCCACAGUGUUAUGAAGUUAACGACAAUAGGUGUUUCAAAGUUUUUAGGAGUCAAUUAGCUCGAAAAAAUGACUUCUAUCCAUAUAAUCCCCCAAAGAGCAACAAAUCUGAUGGCAGAAACACUGAUGAAAAGGAGGCUGUGCAGAGUUAUAAUAUAAAGCUCUGCAGUGUUUGUGGUUGUUCAGCACCCAAGUCAUGCUCUCAGUGUCAUAUGGCCAGGUACUGUGGCAGGGAGCACCAGUUGAUUCAUUGGAAGGCAGGACAUAAACAACAAUGUUCUAAAAAAGAUUUUUCAGAUCCUUCUGUACCAGAAAACACAUUUCUUUUCCCUGAAUAUUUGAUUGUGACUGAGCUAGAAGAAUUGACGCCUGAAAAGAGUACCAGUGAAGUGAAUGAUGACACACAGCAGUACUUGCCAACUGAGAAUAACAGCAGUGAUGAUUGUGAUUGUGUGAAUGAAAAGGAUUUGGAAGCCUUUGCAAAGCAUGAAUCAUUGGAUAUUAAAGUUUUCACGAAGUUUAAGGAGAGAAUAUCAAAUGAACCUGAUCAGAUAUUGCGCUACUGCAGAGGUGGAUCUCCAUUAUGGGUUUGUGAUAAAAUACCUAGUAAAGUAGAGAUUCCCAACUGUGAUUGUGGAGCUGAACGAAUUUUUGAAUUUCAGAUAAUGCCACAGUUGCUGAAUCAUCUGAAUGUGGAUCACAUAGGAGCCAGCAUUGACUGGGGAACCUUGGUGAUCUAUACAUGCAAAGAUAGCUGUGACCAAGGCAAUAAAUAUACUGCUGAAUUCCUUUGGAAGCAGGAUUUUUCUUCAGAUGAUGUGUAACUUUACUUGUAUUGUAUUCCAUUGUCUUUGACACAUUAUGAAAAGCUUAAUUCUUAAUAUGUAAUAUAAGGAAGGAAUUCUAAAUGAAUACCCAUUAAACAAUCCAGAAUUUACCAAACUUUGUAUUUUCUUU